GAGAGGGAGUGUUUGUGUCUUUCCGACGGCCAGAAGGCAGACGACGUCCAACGGCCACGCGACGCUUUCAUCUCUUUGGGGAUGUUCACUUCCUGGAGCUCAAAACCCUUUCUUCAAUUUCUUCAUUCUAACCCCAAAAUGUCCAAAAUUUCCUCCUCUUUUCUUCUACAUUUCUUCCAUAAUCGUUUUCUCAACACCAUUCCUACUUCUACAUUGCCUUUAGCCUCUGUUUCUACCAUCCAAUUCCUCACAAAUUCAUGUGGCCUUUCUUCAGGAUCUCCUACUUCCGUCGGUCGAAAGCUCCAGUUCGAUGAAAAAAACAUCCAGCAGUACGAAGCCGUUAUCGGUUUCUUGAAAUCACAUGGAUUCGAGAAUCCACAGAUCGCCAAGUUGGUCUCGAGGCAACCUUCGAUCCUUCAAUCCAGAGUAUCCGCCAAUCUGAAGCCUAAAUUUGAGUUCCUCCAGGAAAUCGGGUUCGUCGGUCCUUUACUUCCUAAGCUAAUUGUAUCAAGCCCUUCGAUUCUUAACAAGAGCUUAGAUUCUAAGUUGAAACCAUCAUUUCGUCUCUUAAAGGAAAUGCUUGGAUCUGAUGAACGAGUAACUGCUGCUAUUUGUCGUGCUUCGUGGCUUCUAACUUAUGAUUUUAAGGGUGUUAUAAAAUCUAAUUUUGAUGUUUUGGUCAGUGAAGGAGUACCCUCUAGGAAUAUAGCGAAAAUGAUUGCAUGGAACCCUAGAACUAUUAUGCAAAGGGUUGAUAAGAUGAUUCAAGUUGUGAAAAACGUUAAAGAAUUGGGCAUUGAACCAAAGGCUGGUAUGUUUGUUCAUGCACUUAGGGUAAGGUGUUCAAUGAGUGAGUCACAUUGGAAGAGAAAAAUAAAUGUUAUGAAGAGUUUAGGAUGGUCUGAGGAGGAGAUUCUUACAGCAUUUAAGAGAUAUCCAAAUUAUUUAACUUGUUCAGAGGAGAAAAUGAGGGAUGUUGCAGAUUUCUGUUUCAACACUGCAAAGUUGGAUCCAGGAACUCUAAUUUCUUACCCUGUGUUAUUCAAGUUGUCAUUCGACAAGCGGGUCCAACCGAGAUACAAAGUUCUUGAGGUCUUGAAGGUGAAAAGUCUUCUUAGGAACGUAAAGAUCGCUCGGGUGCUUGCACAAGGGGAGAGAGAAUUUGUGAAGACAUAUGUUGUUAAGUAUUUGGAUAAAAUCCCAAAUUUGAUGGACAUAUACCGGGGCAAUAUCGCAGCCGAAACCAAAUCUGUUCUGUAGGAUUGGAAAGUUGUCUUCUGGUUAAGAAAAGAAAGAGAAGGAGAGGGAGAGGGAGUGUUUGAGUCUUUCCGACGGCCAGAAGGCAGACGACGUCCAACGGCCACUUGACGCUUUCAUCUCUUUGGGGAUGUUCACUUCCUGGAGCUCAAAACCCUUUCUUCAAUUUCUUCAUUCUAACCCCAAAAUGUCCAAAAUUUCCUCCUCUUUUCUUCUACAUUUCUUCCAUAAUCGUUUUCUCAACACCAUUCCUACUUCUACAUUGCCUUUAGCCUCUGUUUCUACCAUCCAAUUCCUCACAAAUUCAUGUGGCCUUUCCUCAGGAUCUCCUACUUCCGCCGGUCGAAAGCUCCAGUUCGGUGAAAAAAACACCCAGCAGUACGGAGCCGUUAUCGAUUUCUUGAAAUCACAUGGAUUCGAGAAUUCACAGAUCGCCAAGUUGGUCUCGAGGCAACCUUCGAUCCUUCAAUCCAGAGUAUCCGCCAAUCUGAAGCCUAAAUUUGAGUUCCUCCAAGAAAUCGGGUUCGUCGGUCCUUUACUUCCUAAGCUAAUUGUAUCAAGCCCUUCGAUUCUUAACAAGAGCUUAGAUUCUAAGUUGAAACCAUCAUUUCGUCUCUUAAAGGAAAUGCUUGGAUCUGAUGAACGAGUAACUGCUGCUAUUUGUCGUGCUUCGUGGCUUCUAACUUAUGAUUUUAAGGGUGUUAUAAAAUCUAAUUUUGAUGUUUUGGUCAGUGAAGGAGUACCCUCCAGGAAUAUAGCGAAAAUGAUUGCAUGGAACCCUAGAACUAUUAUGCAAAGGGUUGAUAAGAUGAUUCAAGUUGUGAAAAACAUUAAAGAAUUGGGCAUUGGACCAAAGGCUGGUAUGUUUGUUAAUGCAGUUUUAGUAAGGCUUCAAAUGAGUGAUUCAACUUGGAAUAAGAAAAUAAAUGUUAUGAAGAGUUUAGGAUGGUCUGAGAAGGAGAUUUUUACAGCAUUUAAGAGAUAUCCACUUUGUUUAACUUGUUCAGAGGAGAAAAUGAGGGAUGUUGCAGAUUUCUGUUUCAACACUGCCAAGUUGGAUCCAGGAACCUUAAUUUCUAACCCUGUGUUCUUCAAGUUGUCGGUCAACAAGCGGCUCCGACCGAGGUACAAAGUUCUUGAGGUUUUGAAGGUGAAAAAUCUCCUCAGGAACAAAAAGAUUGCUCUUGCUUGGUGGUUUAUGCAAGGGGAGAGAGAAUUUGUGGAGAAUAAUGUUGUUAAGCAUUUGGAUGAAAUCCCAAAUCUGAUGGAUAUAUACCGGGGCAAUGACGCAUCCGAAACCCAAUCUGUUUCAUAGGAUUGGGAAGUUGUAAGUUAAAAUGUUCUUGAAGUCCAAAUUUGAUCAUCAUGAUCUUCAAAGGGGAGAGCAUUUAUGUGGUUAUUGAGCCUAUUGUUUCAGAGAGCACUGCUUCUUGAACUUUUCAAGAUCUUUUCUCUGUGUUUUCAGGUGGGAGAGUUGUGUUUUUUUUGCAUCCAAAUGAAGGCAGUUAGUUAGGUAAAUCUAUUUGGUGUAUAUUUGUUCAUAGACAUGUUAAUCUUGAAGUUGGAGACUUUUUUGUUUUUCCCUUCCGAAUCUUUUACUCUUUCCUUGAACUUUUGUAAGUUUAUAGACUAAUUUUGAAUCUAAUGAUGUUGAAAUGGGGGUGGUCUUUUGGUCAUUCCUAUUGUGAGAUGA